CCUCUUUCAUCUGUACACACUGUCAGUUAAUCAUUGAUUCAUUGAUUCAUUCAUCAAUCAACAUUAACGGCAAUAGCAACAAUAGAGACGAUGGGACAUCCUCACCCAGACUUCACACCAGAACAGGCAGCUACAGGCUGGAAGACACAGACCAAAGAGCAGAUAGCCUACUGGGUACCUGAGGUCGACGUCAAGGGAACCUUGCCUCAUGAUUUGGUCGGUACCUUCUUCCGCAAUGGUCCUGGAAAUGAUAGUGUUGGCUCCACAAAGUUGACACAUCCAAUUGACGGCGAUGGUCUUGUCGUAGCAUUGUCCUUUCCCGGUAACGGGCAUGUGCACUUCAACUCGCGCUUCGUUCAAUCCCGUCAUCGAGUGAAAGAACAAGCCGUCAGACGAAUGAUCUUUAGGGGUCAAAUGGGGACUGAUCCUAACAGCUUUAAGUCAAACGUUGCAGCGUUGAUCAAAUCGAAGAUUGGCUGGGAAAAGAGCUCAACUGUUCUUACGUUCAGAAAUCCAUCCAACACCAACGUGUACAUGUGGGAGGGCAAAGUUCUUAGUGCACAUGAGACAGGCCUUCCUUACUGCUUGGAUCCUACAACACUAGAGACUAUUGGCGAAGAAGACCUUGGAGGUACAUUGGAACUCAAAGUUCUCGGGGCUCAUUUCCGUUAUGAUCCGUUACUUGACCGCCUAGUGACCAUGUCUGCCAAACCUGGUGUCAAUCGACUUCCCUCUCUUCAAAUUAACGAAUAUGGCCGUCAAUGGGUUGCCAAGAGCCUACAGACUUUCCAUAUUCCUCAGCUUAAUUACGCACAUGACUUGCUCCUGAGUAAACAUUUCUACAUUGUUCAAAUCACCCCUUUUGUGAACGUAUCAACAGCGGAGGCCUAUAAGUUCUUUCUUGGCAUCUCUUCUCCUGGCGAUGCGAUGCGAUACUACGAUCAUCUGCCCUGUCGGCUUGUUAUCAUCGCUCGCACAUCCCAAGUGGCGGAUCAGAUCCUUGGAGGUCGUCAAUGGAUUGAAGCUGAUAUCCCUGAACCCUGUCACAUUUUCCACUUUGGAAAUGUUCAGGAGAUUGUGGAGGAUGAUCGCGUUGUAGGAUUAGAUCUUACAGCUGUCUGUUUGGGCAAAAAAUUCACCAUGAAGUUCGAGAACAAUCUCUGGCUCAGUAAUGCGUCCAAAGCACCAGGACUAUUGAUGGGAUUUAAGGUUCGAUUCAGUGAUAUCAAUGAUGCAGGCUCUACAACUCCAGUAACCGGCAAUAACAGUAACGGCCCACUUGUAUAUCAGACUGUGCUACACCCAGCCUCGGUUGAAUUUCCAGCAGUACAUCCUUACCGCCAUGGACUGGACACACGCUAUACUUACAUGAUGGCAUCGAGUGAUCCGAAGCGCCCUCAUUACUUUACAGCAGUACUGAAGCACGACUUAUACGGUAGAGGUACUAAAUUUUGGCAAAGUGGAGGCGUGACAGGCGAACCGUGCUUCAUUCCUCGUGGGGGCUAUGCUGUUGUAGGAAAAGAAGAUAUAAGGGCUGAAGAUGAUGGAUUUGUGGUAGUGCAGGUGUAUAAUCCAAAGAAGCAGACGACAGACUUUGCAGUAUUGGACGCACAGACUAUGGAAUUGUUAGCGACCAUUGGCCUGAAGCAUCAUGUUCCAUAUGGCUUCCAUGGAACAUUCACGCCAGAGCUCUUUAUCCCAAGUAGUCAUACACCACCAAGCUUAGUCAAAGCGAAGCUUUAAAAUAGGGAUAGGACUUAUUUAAAAAGGCCUCGGGGUUAUAUUAGCCUUAAAUUAAGUUGAUGCUUCAUGAAAUUGGGACAAAAAAUAAAUGAAUUUCAGAAC